AUGGCGGUGCAGAUCUCCAAGAAGAGGAAGUUCGUCUCCGAUGGAAUCUUCAAGGCCGAGCUGAAUGAGUUUCUGACUCGCGAACUGGCUGAGGAUGGCUACUCGGGCGUGGAGGUGCGCGUCACCCCGACCAGGACAGAGAUCAUCAUCCUCGCCACCAGGACCCAAAAUGUUCUUGGAGAAAAAGGCCGUCGUAUCCGUGAGCUGACUGCCGUGGUCCAGAAGAGGUUCGGCUUCCCCGAAGGCAGUGUAGAGCUGUACGCUGAGAAAGUGGCCACCCGCGGGCUGUGCGCCAUCGCUCAAGCCGAAUCUCUACGCUACAAGCUGCUGGGAGGGUUGGCCGUGCGAAGGGCGUGUUACGGCGUGCUGCGCUUCAUCAUGGAGAGCGGCGCCAAGGGCUGCGAGGUGGUGGUGUCGGGCAAGCUGCGCGGCCAGCGCGCCAAGUCCAUGAAGUUCGUGGACGGGCUGAUGAUCCACAGCGGUGACCCGGUCAACUACUACGUGGACACGGCCGUCCGCCACGUCCUGCUGCGCCAGGGCGUCCUGGGCAUCAAGGUGAAGAUCAUGCUGCCCUGGGACCCCAGCGGCAAGAUCGGACCCAAGAAGCCCCUCCCCGACCACGUCAGCAUCGUGGAACCCAAGGACGAGCCACUGCCCACCACGCCCGUCUCCGAGCAGAAGGGCGCAAAGCCUGACGUCCCUCAGGGCGCUACUCCCGUGCCCACCGCCUAA